UAUCCUCUAAUGGGUCAUGAAAUGAUUGUUAUCAAAAUAUGUGUAACAUAUGUAGUUUAUAAACACUUAUAAUAGUUGAUUUAUUGACAAUAUUAACCCAUCAAUAUAUGUCAUUUUUGUUAGAUGAUUUUGGCGAUAAUAAUAUGGAACAAGCUCGUGGCGUUUUAAACGCGCAAUAUUAUAUGAUUGCUUUGCGAUAAUACCUUAACUUGGAAGUAUUUAUACGUCGAUGAGCAUUAAAAAAUGUUCUACGCAUAUUAUUUGUUUUGAGUUUUAUUCUAAUACUACAUUCUUGCAUAUACAUAUAAUGACUGAAAAUACAGGAAAUUUAGGACCGUCAGUUUAUCUGACGAAUCGUAACUAUCAAGGCAACCAAUUACAAGAGAAUUUGAGUAAAAGAUUCAAAUGGAAUGAAAGUCCAUAUACGCGGGCAAUGAAAGAUGAUAAAUAUACAAACAAUGAAGAUAAUGAGUUAUUUAGCAAUCAAAUAAGUUACAUGAAGAUGAAAAAAUUAGAAGAAAAUAUUGUGAAAGAUGUAGUCAGUGGCAAGAACUCCUUGCAUAGGUCCAUUGCCCCAAUAUUAAAAUUAGCUAAAUUAAUAGCUUUGUUACCUGUACAAGGUACAACAAGCCGCAAUACUAGUUACUUAGUUUUCAAUUGGUUCAGUUGGACAGUAAUUUAUGUAGUCAUUGUACUUACCUCAACGUUUUUAAUAUUAAGUCUAUCGUUUUAUAAAGUAUAUCAAACAGGAUUGACGUACUACAGCACAGUAAAUAUUGUGUUUUUUGGGAGUUCAUUGGUUAUUUAUAUUUUAUUUGUGCAAUUGGCCAAGGAGUGGCCAAAUAUAAUGCGAAAAUGGGAAUUGGCAGAAAGGGAAAUGAGGCAGUUUGGUCACCCAUUACACACAGCGUUGAAGUUUAAGUUAUUGACAAGUUUAAUCAUGGUCUUAGCUAUUUUUGAACAUAUAGCUUCGAUUCUGAAAGUUGUAGACAAAGCCAUAAAUUGCUCUACUGAUAGUGCAAAUAUGUUUCGAGUUUAUUUUGCAGUAUCAUUUAAUCAAGUUUAUAGUGUUGUCAAUUUUUCAUGGUUUAUUGCUCUUCCUAUAGUUUUUUUAAAUUUGAUUAUUACUUGUGCAUGGAACUUCAUGGAUUUAUUCAUUAUAAUACUUUCGUGUGCGCUUGCAGAUAGAUUUAAACAACUAAACCAACGGCUAGCUCUGGUGAAAGGAAAGGUUCUUCCAAGUACUUAUUGGAGAAAAUCUAGAGAAACUUAUAAUCUUUUAGCAUCUUUGACUAGAGAUUUCGAUGAAUUUUUAUCCCCUGUUAUUCUACUAUCUUUUGCUAAUAAUUUAUAUUUUAUUUGUCUUCAAUUGUUUAAUAGUUUGAAACCAAUGCACAAUGUAUGGGAAGCAUUGUAUUUCGUAUAUUCAUUUAGUUAUUUGGUAGGUAGAACCUGUGCAGUCUCUUUAUAUGCAGCAUCAAUUAACGAUGAAAGCAAAAUACCAAAAUAUGUUUUAUUUUCUGUUCCAUCGGAAAGUUAUUGCGUAGAAGUUUCAAGAUUUAUCACUCAAGUAACAUCUGAUGAGUUAGCCUUAACCGGAUAUCGCUUUUUUUCAGUAACUAGAACACUCAUGCUUACGGUGGCUGGAACCAUCGUUACUUAUGAAAUUGUUUUGGUGCAAUUUAACAGUGUUACAAAUGAUGUAAUUCAACAAAACAAUACAUUGGAUUGUCCAUGAAUUAUGUUGAGAUUAUUUUAAUAAUUAAAAAUAAUAAUAUGUGAUAGUAUCCAUAUUUACGAUUUAUUUGUAUAGUUACAAUAAAAUUUGGCAUAUAAAAAAUAGUACACUUGUACUACAAAAUUACAUAUUUUAUAGUAGGUACCAAAAAUAUUUUACUACAAUACAUUGUGAAAAAUUCAUAAAUAUUUUUUAUUUUGGGUUUAUAUAAAAUAUUUUUAAGUUUACUAUAGAAUACCAUUAAAUAGCAGACUCUAUAUUUGAAUACAAGACUUUAUAUUUAUCGUACACUCUGUAUACAAAGUGUUCAAUAUGUUUGAAAACACCCAUUUUAGCUUCGAUGCGAA